GGUUCUGAUUUCCCAAGGGUCCCGCCCUCAAGGAUGCUGUUUUGACAAGUCUCCGGGAUCUGUUCGGCUUCAGAAGGGUUAAAGAUGAUGAGGAAGAAGAGGAAGCGCGGAGGCCCGCCCGCUUGCUCAUGCAGCAGCCCCGCCGCCCCGCCGCCGGAGUCCCGAGGAGCUGCAUGGACGGGUAUGGGGAGAGCGGCCCCUUCCUGCGCCAGCGCCGCCUCCGCCGCCAGGGCUGAGGUGCAGCAGCGGCCGCGGCGCCGCCGUCCUCGCCCGCGCCCCCCGCCUCUGCCCGCCCUUGUUCUGCUCUUCAGCCUCGGGCUGCUCCUGCAUACAGCUGAUUGCCAGCUGCAAACCCCCUGUCGCAUCCAGAAGUGCACCACGGAUUUUGUCUCGCUGACUUCGCAUUUAACCUCUUCCAUUGAUGGCUUUGAUUUGGAGUUCUGCAAAGCCCUGCGUGCCUAUUCUGCCUGCACCUACCGCAAUUCCAAAGUCUGCCGAGGAAACCUGGUCUAUCAUUCUGCUGUACUGGGCAUCAGUGAUCUCAUGAGCCAGAGAAACUGCUCCAAGGAUGGCCCAACGUCCUCCACUAACCCUGAAGUUACCCAUGACCCAUGUAAUUACAUUGGCCGCCAAGGAGCCAGAGAACACCGAGGAGGAGAGCAGACACCUCCCACUUACUUUUUCUGUGGCUUGUUUGGAGAUCCCCACCUACGGACUUUUAAGGAUCACUUUCAGACAUGCAAAGUGGAAGGGGCCUGGCCUCUCAUCGACAACAACUACUUGUCAGUGCAAGUGACGAACGUGCCAGUGGUCCCAGGAUCCAGUGCUACUGCAACAAAUAAGAUAACCAUUAUUUUUAAAUCUUAUCAAGACUGUACAGAUCAGAAGGUCUAUCAGGCAGUGACUGAUGAUUUGCCAGCAGCUUUUGUAGAUGGCACGACCAGUGGCGGUGAUGGUGACACCAAAAGCUUGCGCAUUGUGGAGAGAGUGAGUGGAAAAUCCGUGGAAAUGCAUGCCAGAUACAUUGGGACCACAGUAUUUGUGCGCCAGCUUGGCCGCUACUUAACGCUGGCCAUCCGCAUGCCUGAGGAGCUGGCCAUGGCUUAUGAAGAGAGCCAGGAUCUGCAGCUCUGUGUGAACGGCUGCCCCCUAAGCGAACGCAUUGACGACAGUGGGCAUCUCCCCUUGCCAGUGAUGGGGCAGCUGCUCCCUCCUGGUGCUUCAAGCCAGAGUCGGUCUGUGUAUACACUGGAGAGCGCAACAACAAAAUGCCAUGAGAAGAUGCUGUUGAAGGACAUCUACUUCUACUCUUGUGUGUUUGACUUGCUCACCACUGGUGAUGCCAAUUUCACAGCAGCUGCCCACAGUGCUUUGCAGGACGUUGAGGCACUGCACCCCAAGAAGGAGCGAUGGCACAUCUUCCCCAGCAAUGGAGGCCGUGGCGGGGGGAGCGACUCGUGUCUUACUUUUGGACUUGUGUGUUUGAUGCUUGUUGUGUUUUUGUAGGGUUUUUUGUUUGUUUGAGAACAAAGGUUUAAAAAUAUAUAUUGUCAUAAUAUAUUGAGUAAAGAGUAUAUAUGUAUAUACCAUGUAUAUGAAGGGAUGCUUUUUUUGUCCUGGGACACCCAGCAGAUUGUAUAUACUGUGUUACCUUUUUUAAUGUAUGUUGGAUGUAAUAUUCUUUUUGAUUGUAACAAUUUUUUGCUUUGCAGUUGGUGAAAUGUUUUUAUAAUGUCCUUUCAUCAGGACCAGAUAGAAAGCACUUUAUUUUUUAUAUAUUAAAUAUUUAUGUGUACCUAGGUAAUCCAUACAGCAUAUAUCCACAUGUACAUAUCUCAUACCCAGUGCUCCCUCUAAGUACUACCUAGCUUAACUCACAUACUUAGGGUCUUGUGUGGUUCCUUUUCCCUCUGAUUCUUGCUCUUCCUCUGGCCAGCUCAGACCACGCAGGAAGCUGGCUGAACAGAGAGGCAGAGCUCCGGAAGAGCUGAUUCUUCCUUGCACCCUAGGCCAGUAGGCUUUUUUCCCAUAGGAACAGAAUUUGCCAUUGAUCCUCAUUAUUAAAGCAUUAAUGACUGCAUCUUUUGUGUUCCUGAUGCAGAAAUCUUUGCUUCCUUCUCUGAAGGACUCACUUUUAGUGAUACCUUGUACUUGAGUUCUGAUAUUCAAAUACAAGAUAACUUGUAUUAGUUUGUGAAGGGCACACAUGUAAAAACUUGUGUCUUUUCAUCCAAGUGUGUGCAAGGGGGCCCAAAGCUUUCCCAUUAACACUCUUGGAUUUUUUGGACUCAGAUCUCUUAAUAUAUAUUGAUAUAUGGUUGUCUUCAAGUUGUUUGUACUAAGUGUGUACCCUAUGAUAGUGGUAGGCCGUAACUGGUUAAUUUCUCUCCCUACCCCUUAGUUUCUAUUGAAACUGUUUUUCCCUCCUCCCCCUGAUAAAAGUUUUAUUUGCAAGCUUUAGAGUUAUUAACAACCUGCCUUGUCUGGGAAAAAGGCAGAAAUUUAACUAAUCCUAUAGCCUCCUCUGCAACCUUCCACUUCAGCAUACAUCAAAGUUUGCACUGGGGACAGCUGGUCAGCCUUGUUUGGGCAGAUCCAAGAAAACUGGAACAUUGGCUUAGAGCAGAGUUCCAAGAGUUGUUUCACCAUCACUUCUGUGUCAGUUUUUAGUGAGUUCUUCAGUUACAGUAACAGUAGUCACAUUAGUCUGUUGUAAUAAAGAGUAUGGCUGUAUUCACACAGUGCGACAGGGCAAAGAACUCUGGCUUGUUUCUGCGGAGUGUGGAUCUUUGCCCAGCCUUACCAGUCUGGAUUAUCAUGGUUGCUCCCUGCUGUGUCCUUGUAGCCCAGCAGCCCUAGUGAGUGAAAUCCCCAUCAUUUCCCUGUUCUUGCCUGUGGACCACAGCAGCCUUCUCCUGACUGGUCCACUGUGAUCCUGAGGAAGUUUUCUCAUCUGCCUCCUAAGUGUAGUUACAUGCAUGCCACCCUCCCCAGUUGCUCCAUUCUCCCAAGGGGUGUUUAUUAAAUGAAAAUAAACUAUUUUGCCAUGUUUCUCCUGUGUAUUUUUGUGCUGUCUUCCUGUUUCCAAAAGUAAACAAGGAGACAGGCACAUUGCUCAGCAAAUGGGAAUAUAGUGACACAUCUGUCAAAGGUUAGAAACAGCUAUUUCUGUGGUGUUUCCAUACUAACCAUAGUAAAUAGUGGUCCCAGUUCCAGACAACCAGAGAAGCUGUGGUGCAAGAUGAAAACGUUAGAAAUGUUGAUCCACUCAGUGGUUUCAGAAAACUAAUCCUACAUGCAGGAACUCUGGAACUGGAUUUGGACGGUAAAGCAGACCCACAGGGGUAGGAUGUCACCAUGGCUUCUCAUGGAAACCUGCCCAUGUUUGGUGGCCUUCUAAAGGCUGGCAGAUGCAAUGUAGCAUCCAUAAACUUUUGUGGCCUAGAGUCCAUUACACCAGGUGGUGCAGGCAUUGGCUAUUCCACACUACAGGCCAUCUCUUAGUCUUUAAAGUCCAUGAGACUCUUUUCUGUAACCCAGGAGCCCAUACUUCCAGUGUGCUACUUGUGGGGACCCAACACACCUCCCAUAUUCUGUUUGGAUUGCUGCCUUGGGACCCUAAAGCAAAUGUGGAUAAUACAAAGGCCACAGGCUCUGGCUCCGGCUGCUCCCCAAAAGGCAAAAGCAAAAUUAAAAGGUGCUGACAUGUCCAUUUUGACCCCAUUUAAAAAAAUACUGUGUCUGCUCUAUAGCUCUUAUGGUGCACCAAAAUGGUCAAAGUAGUUGACCCUUUGUCACUGCUCUGGAUUAUUGGCACUGCAGUGGGAUAGGGAAUUGCCAAGCCAGGAGAGGGGGUGGUGGGAAGUUGUCCACCCCUGCCUUAAAGUGUGCUGUUGGUUGCCUCACCAUGCCCCCCCCCCAAUUUUCACAGUGGGUAGGCCCACUGUCACUCAGAUUAGAUGGCCAACCUUGUUGCUGGGAAAAUGAGGGAUUGGGGUGCUGGCCUCAUUUCAGGGGAAACCACAGGGGCUCUUGGGCUUACUGCUGAAGGGCACAGGCAUUUACACCAAGGGCUGGAUCCAGGUUUAUGCUGGAUCACUUCCCAAGGCAGCCCCCUGAAAAUGCUACAUGCAGAGUCAGGAAAGCAGGCUGAACUGUGUGGGCUGUUGUGGAGCGAGGAGUUACCCCAAAAUCUGGGGAGAAACUUAAGUGGUUUCCUUCCUCUUGUGGACAAAUCCUAGAUCCAGCCUUAAACAAAAUGGCAGGCAGAAAAAGGCUGCCUCCUGGUCACACGGUCACUCCAGCCAGCCUGUUUCAGGUGGCUGGGCCUGGGCUGACCAAGUCCCAAGCAGCCUUUCUCCUCAGUCUGCUUUAACCGGAGGUGCUAAAGAUCAAACCUCUUGCCUUGUUCUUGCAAAACAUGGGCUCCUUAUUGAUUGUAACUCCUCCACCAUGUUGCCUGGCUGUGCCCACUGGCUGUCUGGCUUGCUGGGACUGGACUAGCAAGAGAGCUAAUGUGGUCAUGGCUAAAAGGUUGACCCAAGAACUUGUGGGCAACCUUCAAUACUCUGAUUCCGCCCCCGACCCGCCCCCCACACACACACCAACAUGCCUCCAUUAGCACAAUACUAGCCUAUCUGGCAGGGCUGAUUAAGAAAUGCUGAAAUAAAGCCAACCCAACCCAGUGUAAUAACUGUUUAUAAGAUGGUAACAUUGUUCAGUAAGUUACAUCCCUUUAACUGUCGAUACUGGAAGUAGUUAGAAAUGCAGGUUUAAAUGCUGGCCAGUAUUUAAAGUCCCAAGUAUGCCUGGGCUCAAAAUGCUGUGUCAAAUUUGCUGCAUGGUCUCAUUCCCCCAUAGCAUGCACAAAUUAGUUCAUGCAAUUCUGAACUAAUUUUUUUUGCGGGGGGGGGGGGCUCCUUUCGUCCUCCCUCCUCGAAACUAGCAGCAUAGAGCUAGAAGCGAAGCGGCUAACCAACAAGAGUCUUUCCCCCUCCCCUCAAUCCUGUAUGGAGAGAAAUAGGAUGGUCUUAGAAUAGUUGGAUUUUACCAUUUUUGUGUGUGUGCCAAGUUGAAAGGUAUUUGUGGAAGAAGUCUGGUAGACAAGUCUAGAGUUGUAGCUGCAACGUGAGCCCAUCGUAAGAAACAGCUGCGCACUAGCCAAUUUCCUGUGUUCCCAAGCCUCACGAGUAUAUAUGUACACAACUAUCUAAAUCAUGAAGUCCAGAGAUAAGUCAUAUUUCAGAAAUCCUAGCGUGUCUGGAGUGCUGUAGUUUCGUUUUUGUUUUUGAAAUACUCCUGGUUCUGUUGUGGGAUUUCUUGAGAAAAUGUUAUAUGCACAUGUUGCUUCUUGAAGUCCACCGCAGCCAAGACAGCUUUAGUUAAUGCCAACCAUAUGGACAGUUCGCAGCGAGUGAGUGGUCUCUGGGGAGAGUGUAUGCUUAGAGGGAACACUGGUUUUCACAGACGCUCCAAACGGCUGUCUCUCUUCGAAGGCUUCAAACUCAUUUUUUUAUGCUUGUUUAAAAAGAAAAAAACCCACAGUGUGCCCAGUCUUUUGCAAAGCCCUUUAGAUGUGGUUCAUGGAUAUACUAAUAAGUCUACAUUUGUGUAAAAAAAAUAGAAAAAGAAAGAAAAGGAAAGACGUGACCGUGCAGUGUAUACAAUACUUUAAAUUAUUACGAUAGAAGAAUAAAGUUACAUACCAUGU